AUGCAGAACAUAAUUACCCAGGUAUCCCAGGAUGGUUCUGGCGUGAGUCCGUUGCUUCAUGAUAAUGGUAUGGGUGCCAAUAAUCAAGAGUAUUACGAAGGAAUGGAAAAUGAUGCAUAUGGAAAUUCUUUGAUUCAUUUGAACAUUCAAGAAAACCAUUAUUUUAUCACUAGGGAUCAACUGAUGUCGCUUCCUGAAUCAUUACUUCUAUGUUUAUUUCCAUCUGGGGUCUUUCUAGAUAGAGACGGUCAAGUCAUUACAAACCUGACGCCCGAUGAUGAAGUAUACAUUAUGAACUUCCCACCGGAUUGUUUUGAGUAUAUUAUGGAAGUGUUCACUAGGGCUCAUGACGAUAUGAUAAAUCAUCCGGUUGAGAAAUUGUUUGCACGUAACUCAAGUAAUAAUUUGGUGAAUAGUGCAAAGGGGUUUUUCGGAUUCAAUAAUGGUAGUGGUAGUAGUAGUGCGAAUGGGAGUGGUACCCCAAAUGAACAUAAUAUUUUACAUCAAAAGCCUGCAAUUAUCGUUCUAAGGGAAGAUUUGGAUUAUUAUUGUGUUCCUCAACAACAAUUCAAAUUUGAAUCAAUAGGAAAUGUGAAUGGCGAUAAUGUACAUAUGGACCCAGAGACAAUACGUGAAAAUAAUAAUGAUUUAUUGCAUCAUUUCAUGGCUCAGAUCAAAAUAGCUGCAGGCAGUUAUCUAGCGAACAAGACAUCUGUGUUCCAAGGUUUAUUUUCAUCUAAUAGGCUCAGAUAUCAAAACAACAAUUACAAUUCGUCAGGUAAGACUCAUCAUAAUAGUUCAACAACAAUGGCUAAUGAAAUGGAUCUAAGCAAAUUGUCCAGUAAGAAACUUGGUCCUGCAGAACAACAUCUAAUGGACAUGUUAUGUUCGUCAGGGUUCACUACUCAAUCGAUAUGGGGUAAUCGUACCCAAGAAGCCGGUAAGACUGUGAUAAGUUCAUUAUCAUUAUGUAGAUUGGCUAAUGAAAGUACAGAAAUGUUUAGAGCCACGUACAACGAAGCUAAGUUGAAAUGGGAGAUGGAGCAUGGUAUUAAUGGAAAUGGUGAUGCAGAGACACCAUCUGAAACAAACCUAUCGGCCACGGUAUCUGCCUCAUCCUUAAACUCUUCUACAAAUACAAAUCAUCAGCAUCAUAAUAAUAACUAUAAUAAUAAGAUUGGUUCACGUACAGUAAGUGGUAACAAUGCUAUGAAGACUUCAUCUACGUCAUCUGAUAUAUCUGCAAUCUCUAAUAAAGAUGGAAGCCACUCAUCAAGGAAAGAUAAGAAGAAAUCCAGAUUUUCUGUAUUGGCAGAUAACGUUCGUUCUCAUUCGUCAUCAAGAAACAGUUCACAAUUAAAAUUAGGCGGUAGUAAUAUUAACAUCAGUGGUAAUCAUGCAAAACAUUCACCAGAAUUACCAAAAGUAUACGAUUUGGUACCCAAGCCAGAUAUCAACGAAAAACUGUUAUUAUUCUGGAGAAAGCCUGCCAGAAAAUGUUGGUGGGGGGAUGAAGAGAUAGAAUUAAAUGUAGAGAUAUAUGGGACAUGGGCCGAUGAUAAGCAUACUACAAUUAGAUUGAAAUUACCAAGUAUGACAAAUACAGAAGCCGAAUUAAAUAGGAUUAGUGUACCUGUUAGAUUACAUAUCCGUAGAGUAUGGACUUUAGAAUUGAGUGUGAUCGGUGUACAGUAG